CAUAUCAUAGAUCAUGUAUUAAAGAAAUCAGUUAAAGGCUGAUGUUUUGAAUUCUCUUAAAAUCAUUUAAAUGCAUUGCUUGUUUUCUGUGGUGUAAAAGAAUAUAUCGUAUUGCAUACAUACAGCAUGCCCUCGCUCUCUCAGUAAAUGCACCAGCAGUUCUUUUGAAGACUUUAGAAAAAGUUCUGAGGAAUGCAGAUGAACCGUUUUCACGAAUCUGGGGAUUGUAUGAAAACUACAGGUGGAGUUCAAAACCCAGCAUUCCAGGAUGACGUUCAAAUUGAGGUUGACGGUGAUCAGCAAAUGGAAAAACAAUUGGAUGCAAGAGACAAUGAAAGCAGCAGUCCUAUAAGACUUGUUGAAAAGAAAUAUGAACAGAUACAAGAACACUAUCAAAAGCAUAGAGGACUUAUUCAUUGUGUGAUUCUGGGCAUCUUCCUGGCAGGCUACUUUACAAUGGUGAUUGCAGCAUGCAUUUUGAACUUCAACAGGGCCCUACCUCUCCUUGUGUUAACCUUACUUGGCUUGUUUUUUUACUUCUGGGAUACGUUUGUUGCAAAGUUUGAAGACAAUAUAGUUGAGGCCUUUGUUCCCUGUGACAAUUUCAUCAAGAAGCAAUGGUACUGGUUAAAAUGGGUGAUUUAUCUGACUUUGGUUGUAGCUGUGUUGUGUUGGCUUGUACUGGACACAGCCAAGCUAGGUGUCAGCCAACUUAUCUCCUGUGGAGGGCUUGUAAUGUAUAUUUGCCUCGUGUUCAUUUUCUCCAAAUAUCCAACAAAGGUGCCUUGGAGGACUGUAUUCUGGGGAUUGGGUUUACAGUUUAUCCUUGGAAUUGUCUGUCUGAGAACACAAGUGGGAUUCAAUGUAUUCAACUGGUUGGGGUCUCAAGUUCAGUUUUUUUUGCAAUAUACAGACGCCGGUUCAAAAUUUGUAUUUGGUGAUGCAUUCACACAUCACUAUAUUGCAUUUAAGGUCCUCCCAAUAGUGAUCUUUUUCAGCACAGUGAUUUCCAUACUGUAUUAUAUUGGAUUCAUGCAGUGGCUUAUUAUGAAGGUUGGCUGGCUCAUGCAUGUUACCAUGGGAACGUCUCCGAUGGAGUCAAUGGUGGCAGCAGGAAGCAUAUUUGUGGGGUUGACCGAAACCCCACUCUUGAUUCGUCCGUACCUCUCAGAUCUCACAAAAUCUGAGAUCCAUGCUGUCAUGACUGGUGGGUUUGCAACCAUUGCUGGAACUGUCUUCGGGAUCUUUAUUUCAUUUGGGGUUUCAGCCUCCCAUCUGUUGACAGCCUCAGUGAUGUCUGCUCCCGCUUCUCUGGCUGUUGCCAAACUCUUCUGGCCUGAAGUUGAUCGCUCCAGAGUAGGACUCAAAACUGUUCUUAGUUUGGAAAAAGGGCAAGGAAGAAACAUAAUAGAAGCUGCCUGUCUUGGAGCCUCCACCUCAGUAUCACUUGUGGCAUUGAUCGCUGCCAAUCUUAUUGGGUUCCUGGCUCUUCUGGCUUUCCUUAAUGCCACACUAUCCUGGCUCGGAAACAUGUUUGACUGUCCUCAGCUCAGCUUUGAGUUGAUUUGUUCCUACAUCUUCAUGCCCUUUUCCUUCAUGAUGGGCGUGGACUGGGAUGACAGCUUCAUUGUUGCUGAACUUAUAGGAAUAAAAACCUUCUUCAAUGAAUUUGUGGCCUUUGAAAAGCUUUCUGUAUUGAUGAAUAAAAGGCUUUCGGGUGAACCCGAGUACAUUGAAGGAGUGAAGCAGUAUCUGUCUAUCCGUUCUGAAACUAUUGCUACUUAUGCCCUGUGUGGAUUUUCUAACUUUGGAUCUCUUGGUAUUUUAGUAGGAGUGUUGGUAUCUAUGGCUCCCCAGAGAUCAGCUGACAUAACAGAGGUCUCUGUUCGGGCUUUAAUUGCUGGUACCAUCGCAUGCUUUAUGACGGCAUGCAUAGCAGGACUAUUAUACAUUCCUGUCACAGAUGUGACUUGCUCCACUUUUCUGGAGAAUUCUUUCAAUGCCUCAAGCUUACCGAGCAACAGUACACAACUGGUUCAAUGCUGCACAGAUCUUUUCAACAACACCAUCGUGAAUACCACACACUACGUCUUUGGAGGAAACUACAUUCUUACUUCUCUCAUUGGGUGUUGCAAAGUGAUGGAUUCCUCAACAUUUGUUUGCAUGUAAUUAGAUUCCCUACUGAAGAAAAGGAAACUGUGCCACAGGAAACAGUUGUGAUGAGGUUCAGUCUGUUCUCGUCAUUACUGGAUUGUUCGGUCUGUAUCAUGUACUAGUCAUCACCUGUACAAAACAUCUCUGACCUACUCAGUGCCUGGUAUCCACUCCAUACUUUGGUAUUAGAAAACCUGAAACAAAACAAAUCAGUCCAUUUUGGUAAUACAGUUUUACAAUUCACAGAUCUCUGCUGAAAACGCCAGUAACACACCUGUCUCCGUCAAGCACACAUAUCAAUUGGUGCAGCAUGAUCUUUAUGUGUGUUGACUGCUUCGCCACUUCUUCUAUCAUCAAAAAUGUUUUGUCAAUAGCUGGAAAUGUCCAUAAACUACAACACAAAUUACAUUGAUAAAGCACCUUUCGUGCCAGGAAGAUGUCUCAAAGUGCUUUACCCAGUGCUGGGAAGGGGGGAAGGGUGUUGACUGAAAGUGUGGUCAAAGAGGUUGCCAGGGUGGAAUGGAGGGAGGGAUUUGAAUGUGAGGACAAGGAUCUUGAAUUCCAUCCACUGGGGGUGGGGUGAUAGCCUUGCAGAGCUUGGGGUGCGAGACGAAACGGGCUCCAGAGUUCUGAAUAGUCUACAGCUUGUGUAGGGAAAAACUGGGGAAUCUGGAGUCUAUCUUUAAACCAAGAUCAACAACAAGAACUUGCAUUUAUAUAGUGGCCCUCACGCAGAGUCCCAGAACACUUGAUCAAAAACCGUACAUCCACUAAAUAUGUUUCACAUUUAUUUUUGGAAAAAAAUAUUUAUGUAAUAUAACCAGAACUGAGAAGUUAGUUAGAUAGACUAAAAAAAAGACUUUUGACUGAAACAGAAGCUUAAGAGGGGAUCCAUUAGCAUCUUCAAAAUUGUAAAAGAUUUUUUGAAGAUAAAUACUGAGAUUAUUCCUGCUGAUUGAUAAAUUAGUAACAUGGGAGCAUGAGUCAGUAUUGUCACUUUGAAAGUGAAGGGAAUGUUAGAGGAAACUUUCAUGUAGAGAUUUAUUAUGGAAUGUUCCUAUUGAGGCCGAGACCUUAUCAACAUCUUGAAAGGAAAUUAGAUAAUCAUUUAAAGAGGGACAAUGUAAAAGGGUUAUGGGAAGGGGGCAGUGAAUUGGGACCAAUUACUGCCUUGUUUUCCUACAAGAAACACAAGACUAUACUAGACUGUAGUUACUUGUGAAGCAUUUUAAAACAUUUUGUCAUGUUGUGUGAAUUAUAGCCCUCCCACAGAAACAUUGCUAACCCUUGGGAUAUUUACCACUCACAAAACUCCACAUCACUCUUGAGAGAUUAACAUUCCAACCAGAACAAUUUGUGAACUCCUCUCCCAGGCACAAUCCCUUUUAUCCAACUUCCCCCUGGGGUACUGCCAACUUUCCUAUUCUCCCCACCCCCUAACACACAAUCUCCAUGUGUGUAUAGCCAUGACAGCAACAUCAAAGUGUUUACACUACAAUUUAACAUUCUUAUAACGCCUUCUCCAUCAAAGUGCUCAGCAACGAUCUCCAAUUAUCUUGCGAACAGAAUUUAACCAUGUGCUCCAGGACGCUACCCAUGUGAAGGGCACUAUAUAAUUGCAAGUUGUUGCUGUUAACCAAACAAAUGAAUUAAAGGCAUUUUUAAAAUAAAUAGUUCAGCAUCACUUUUUUAUUCCGGUCAGCCAGGUGUCUGACACAUGCGGAAACCCUUCAUCACGCUUAAAUGUAUCCAAAUCAACCUUAGAGGUCCCUGUUGCCACCUACACAUAGAAAUCCCUGUGUAUUGUAGCACUUUGAGAUACCAACUGUAUUCAGUGCCUAUAAAAGAAUGUCUGAAAAAUGUACGUUUGGUCAUCUUUCCCCUCCUACUCCCAUCCCCCACCCCAGCCCUGUGCCCAUAUUUUGAGAGAUCUGCCUGAUGUGAAAGGCGUGACACAUGUAAAUUAUAUUAUGUUUACCCCCAAAUGCCUCCCUUCUCCCUCCCCAACCCAGUAAAAAUUGCUAUCUUGCAAGAUGAGUGUGCAUGAACCAAGUACAAAAUUGACAUUCAGAUUAAAAGUGCCCUUUAAAAUGAAUUUCUAACUAAACAAAAGGCUUUGAGAAAGGUUGCAUUUAAAUUUUAGUGUAGGAUUAAGUGCAAAUUGAUGGGUGGGAUGAGAGUGCACAACUCUAGAUCCCUGUAUAAUUGUCAAAUGGCAACAAAAGCACUUGGAAUCACAUUUGUUACUUUUGAAGCAUUUCUUAAACAAUUGUUGUUAAUGGAUUGUAUGUUUCUGCUAAGAUACUUGUCUUAAAAAGUAUAAAUCAGUAGAAUUCCCAAUAAACACAUAUUACUCCAA